AUGGAGGUGACAAGCAAGGAUAUCACCAAAAACCACUUGAUAGUGGAAGAGGAUCUAGUCAAAGGGGAAGUGAGGGUUCCAAAGGAGACGUCUCAAAAUUCAGAUAACCCAGAUUCUCUAAAUAAUGAGAAAUUUGUAGAGAGAUGUGUUAAUCAAGAAUCUCUAAAUGCUGGGUGUGCGGAGAAUUUGAGUGCUCCUAUUGUUAAAGAGACAACUUUGGAUGUCAUAGUUGCUGAGGGUGAAAAGAGACAAAAGGGGUCUGUAGUGGGUGAGAACAUAGCGAAAUUAAGAGAAGUAAAUGUUGAAAAUGUGGAAAUCAAUGACAAAUCUGGACCGGAAUUGCCAACGGAAAGUGACAAUGUAAAUGUUAGUCUUGAAAAUAUUGGUGACUAUCUUAAUGACAUUGUCAAAAAGGUUGUGAAUGAUGUUGUUGAUGAAGUUUCUGGAGAGAUUUCUAUUGAAGAAGAAUUUGAAAAGGAAAUAAACUUAGAUAAGGAUGUAGCUUUGGGAACGUUCCUCAAGCGAAGAACUGGAAGUGCAAAAUCAAAAGAAAGGAGAGGUCAGGGCAAAUCCACAUCUGCUCUAGAAAAAGGACCUCCUAUUACUAGACGAAGGGCCACUUCACAACUCUACUCUGCUUCUCAAGGUAACAAGGAGAAGAGUCCUGGUAAGAAUAGCAAGUUGGCAAAAGCAGUCAACUUGAGUCGUUUGAUAGAUGAAGAGGAAGUUGUGACUGUGUCUGAUAAAGAAGAAGAAGAAGAAGAGACAGAGGAGGAAGCUCCUCUAGAAAGAAGAAAUUUUAAAGGAAAGAAGAGAUCUGUAAUUGAUGAAGAGGAAAAUGUGGGUAAGGUAGAAGCUGAGAAAGUCAAUGAAAAAAUAAUAAAGGAAAAGGAAGUGACCCCCUCUCCUAAGAAGAGAAAGAGCCCAGUCAAUAGGGAAGCGGGUCCCUCUAAGAAAAGAAAAGUAAUCUCGACUGAGGGACCUGGUUCCAGCAAAAAGGGAAAAUAA